AUGGCAGUGGUAUUACAUUAUGUGAACAAAAAACGAGAAGGAAUUGAAAAGUUUUUGGGUGUUCAACAUGUUUCCUCUACAACUAGUAGCUCGCUUGAAAAGGCCAUUGAGAGAUUGUUUGCUACAACAAAUUUGAGUAUGUCCAAGUUACGAGGACAAGGCUAUGAUGGAGCUAGUAAUAUGAGAGGUGAGUUAAAUGGUCUUAAAACAAAGAUUUUGAACAAAUGCCCCCAAGCAUUUUAUAUGCAUUGUUUUAGACACAAACUCCAACUAGCUCUUGUAUUUGUGGCAAAGGAAAAUGAAGAUGUUGCCAAUUUCUUCAUCAAUGCUAGUAGCUUGGUGAAUCUUAUUGGAUCAUCGUGUAAGCAUCGUGAUGCAUUUAGAGAGAAACAACAAGAACAAAUUCAGAAAGCUCUUGAUCUUGGUAAUCUUGAAACGGGUAAAGGGUUAAAUCAAGAAGCAAAAAUUGUUCAUUUAGCCCAAUUUUAUCCUCAAGAUUUUGAUUGUAUGGACCUCAUGAAUCUUCCAAUUCAACUUAAUAAUUACAUUCAUGAUAUGAAGAUGCAUAGUGCGUUUUCAUCAUUGAGAGGAAUUAGUGAUCUUGCAAAAGAGUUAGUGAAGACUGGGAGGUGUGAAAGCUAUAUGUUAGUGUACAAGCUUCUUACAUUGGCUUUGGUGUUACCGACUGCAACCGUUUCGGUGGAAAGAGCUUUUUCUGCUAUGAAGAUUAUGAAAAUACCAUUGAGUAACAAAAUGGGAGAUCAAUGGUUGAGUGAUAGCAUGAUUGUUUACAUUGAGAGAGAUGUAUUUGCUUGUAUUUAUAAUGGGCCUAUUCUGCAACAUUUUCAUGACAUGAAACCUCGUCGGCAACAAUUGUAA